AUGAGAAUAUUUUCACUGUUGUUAGCAGUUUUAAUUUCUUUAUAUUUUAAAAAAGAGUGUAAUUGUAUAUAUUAUAAUUUUCCAAAAAAUUUUAAAUCUGUAUAUAUAUUAAGAAAAGUAAAAGGAAUAGACAAAAUGACAGAGAAAAUAGAAGAUAUUAAAGAAAAACUUUUAAAGGUGGGUACACAAAAUAUUGUACGAACUAGUAAUAGUAAUGCAUAUCUUUCAUUAGAUAAUUAUUUUUACAAAUCUAAAGAUAAUAGAAGUAAUGCCAAAUUAAUAAAUAGUAAUGUUUUAAGUAUUUUUAGUUAUGCUUUAAAAUAUAUGAAUAAAAAAAGUCUGGAUAAAUGGCUUAAAAGUAAUAUUAAAGCUCCUUUUUAUGAUACAUGUAUUCCACGUAAUAAACCGUUGGCUUAUAUACGAUUUAAAAAUUCAAAUGAAUUAAAAACUUUUGAAAAGUUAAUAGAAAAUAAAAAAAUAUAUCCUAAUGACAAUCUCUCAAUUAUUAAAAUUAAUAAAAAUUCAAAAUUUUGUCAAAAAAGAAAAUUUGAUCAAACAGACAAAGAUAACUCAAAUGAGGAUACAAAUAAGAAUGCCAAUAAUGAAGGAACAAACGAAAAUAAUUUAGAAUUGAUAAAAAAAAAUUGUGAAAAUAUGAACAAUAAUAAUAAUAAUCCAAAGAGACAAAAAAUAAUAGAGAACCAAUUAAAUUGUGAUAAUUGUGAAAAAGAAAAGAAAGAUAAAUCGAACACUUUAUUAGAUUUACAAACUAUUAUGAAAUUAAACAAAAAAGAAAAAGUGAAAAGUAUAGAAAACUAUGUUACACCUUUAUAUAAAUAUAAAUAUGAAGAACAAAUUAAAAUAAAAAACAUAUUUUUAGGAAAAUGUAAGGAUCAAAUUUUAAAUAAUUUAAAAAAUAAAUGGAUGAAACAAAAUUUAGUUUUUGGAGAAUUAGAUUUAAAUAUACCAAUCGAAAAUGAAUUUGGUCUGAAUAAUAUUAAUAAAACACAUAAUGAACCCCAAGAAAAUGACGAAAAUAAUGAUAAUUUUCAAACAAAUGAUAUGCAAUCAUUUAAUGACAAUAAUAAUGAAUCCUCCUUAGAAGAAAAACUUAACAAAUAUAAUUUCCAAAUAGAUAAUCCAUUGUAUCCAUCCGAUAAAAAUAUUAAUGGAUAUCGAAACAAAUGUGAAUUUACAAUAUCUUAUGACGAAAAUAAUAAUGUUGAAAUAGGUUUUGUAGUAGGGAAAGUUAAAACAAAUAUGAAUGAAACAAAUGAUGAGAAUAAUUGUAAUUUUAGUGAAAACAAUAUAAGUAAUAACCCAUCACCUGUUAAUGAAUCUCAUCAAGCUAAGCUUCGAAAUAAAAAACAAAAACAAUGUUAUUUUUUAAACCCUAUAGUUAAGAAUAUUGAUGAUUGUAUUCAUAUUCAUUCAUGUAUGAAAGAAGUUGUUAAAGAAAUGAAAAGCAUAAUUAAAGAUUCGAAUUAUCCUGUAUUUGAUCGGGUUUAUAAAACAGGGAUUUGGAGAUUGUUGGUAAUUCGCCUGAACAGCAAGAAGGAAUUGAUGAUCACUGUUCAAACUUAUUCUUUAGAUCAAAAAAAAAAAAGAGAUAUAAAAAGAUUGCUUAUAAAUAGAUUGACUAAGAAAAAAGACGAAUCCUUUAUGGAAUUUAGUAAUUUUAGAGUAGUAUCUCUUUAUUUACAAGAACAUGGUAAUUCAAAUGAUUCAACAAACCAAUCACAAAAUGAGCAUUUAUGGGGUGUAGAACAUUUAGAAGAAAUAAUUUUAGGAAAUAAAUUUUUAAUAACACCAUCCUGUUUUUUUCAAGUUAAUCAUACUAGUUGUGAAAUAUUAUAUAAAAAAGUUAUAGAUUAUGUAAAUAUAAAUAAAAAUAUGAAAAAUUAUAUUUUUGAUUUAUGUUGUGGUACAGGAACAAUAAGUAUUUGUAUCGCAAAUGCAAUGAAACAUGAAGAUAUACAUAUUGUUGGAAUCGAUAUAUGUGAGGAAAGUAUUAUAAGUGCUAAUAAAAAUGCUCAAAUAAAUAAAAUAAAAAAUUAUAAAUUUAUAAAAGGUAGAGUAGAAGAAUUAUUUUCUGGAGAAAUUAAAAAUAUAUCUCAACAAAAUUGUAAUAUAAUAGUUAUAGUUGAUCCACCAAGAAGUGGAUUAGCUCAAAGUGUCAUCAACACAUUAAGCUCAACACAUCCUAUUAAUCAAAUUAUUUAUGUUUCUUGUAACCCUUCGACAUUGAUAAAUAAUGUAACAAAUCUUUUAUUUAUGAAUGAAUAUUUUAAAAUAAAAAACUUAGUAUUUGUUGACAUGUUUCCACAUACAUAUCACCUUGAAUGUAUAACAAACAUAAUGAAGACAAAAUAA